AUGUCAACCUCAGAGAUGUCCGCCUCAGACAACGGCGGCUCUGGCACGACACCAGAUACCGCCCAUAUUCGGUGGCAGUUCAUUGAUGCUUCGAAUAAUAGCCGAAGCAACCUGACACAGGUCAAGCGUCAUGUGAUGCACGAGUACAUGCGCCAGAAGAAGGGGACCUCGGGCAACAGCGAAAGCGAAGAAGACAGCAGCCGCCCAGCCAAGCGUGGCCGGUCCAAGAAGACUCGAGCUGCCAAGCGCAAAUCUGCCAAAGGGGCAGCGGAGCCCGGUACAGGCUCCAAUCAACCAAAGCCGACCCAGAAGCAAGCACAGCCCCCAGAGGAAGAAGGUGUGUCUACCGACAUGGAAGAGAUCGGCCAAGAUUGGUUCUCUGGAGCCUCAGAUCCUUCGCUAGCAGUCCAAGCUCUGGCGAAUACUGCUGCGCUGCCUCUCCGUGCAUCUCCGGUGCAACCUCAGGGUUCCCUCCUCCCGACACAUGAUAUUGUCGACAUCUCCCUUGAAAGCCAGAGCCAAGCGGCAGAGUUCAACGGCCUUGUAUCACGGUCCGCGGCACCCACAACACCGCUUGAGUUCACAAGAUCACCACGGACCAUCUUGAGCGCUGCGCGGACAGAUCCAUUCAACACUCUUCCCAUGGAACUAGAUCUCGAAGGCUAG